AUGCAGAGCGAAGAUGAGACUGAUGAUAAGAGAUUCGAUUUCAAGACACAAAAGUUUGGUCUGAUCGAUCGUUCCUACCCGGGAGAAGAUGGCAGCGAAGAAAAGCAAUGGAAGCGUCUUGAGAAAUAUGUGGCUAGUCUGGAAGCCACUAAGAAAGAUGGCGAGAGCUACAAAGUACUCUUUCUGGGUCGCCAUGGUCAAGGUUGGCACAACGUUGCAGAGACAAAGUAUGGGACAAAGGCGUGGGACUGCUACUAUGCCGCCCUCGACGGCUUUGACGGCAUAACCUGGGCCGACGCAAACCUCACCACUGUAGGCCAAGACCAAGCUCUCGCCGUGAACAAGCUAUGGGCCGAACAACUACCCCUCGGCAUCCCACCCCCACAAACAUACUACGUCUCGCCCUUGACCCGUACAAUCGAAACAGCAAAUCUGAGCUUCAAGUCCCUUCCACUUCCGUCAUCUCACCCCUACAAACCUUUCAUCAAAGAACUCGUCCGCGAAGCCCUCGGCGUACACACAUGUGACCGCCGCAGCACAGCCUCACACAUCAAAGCCACCUUCACGGAUCCACCUCUCACUUUUGAGCCCGGAUUCUCAAACGAAGAUCUUCUCUGGGAGGCUGGAUACCGGGAGCCGAGGUCUGCAAGACGGUAUCGCUUAGCCACGUUCCUGGACGAUGUUUUCGCUACCGACGACAAUGUGUGGUUGAGUUUUACCAGUCAUUCGGGAGCGAUUGGCAGUAUGCUGGAGGUGCUUGGGCACAGGACGUUUGCGCUUGAGACGGGCGGUGUUAUCCCGGUUUUUGUCAAGGCGGAGAGGAUGCAGGGGAAGAGGGAGGUUCCGCCUAAGGAACCUACACAAAUAUUAGCGAAAGCACAUAAAGAGUACAGUCUGCUCUCAUAUCCCGUUCUCAUCAACUACCAUCUACCGAUUUCUCAGCAGCAGAAAAUGUCCACCACUCCGCCUAUCAAACGAGACCCCUCCUGGACGUUCGACCAACUCAAGAUAAAGUACGACAUCCUCUGGAACGCGUACUCUGAUCAUUACAUGCCGCUUGAUGAUAGAAAUGAAGAGUAUAAGACGAGGAUUACCGAGCUUGAGACUUUGCUACAGGAGCUUCAGAAGAAGUAUGACGCCAAGCUUGAGGAGCAGAAGGAGAGCAAAGCGCAGAGCAAGGCAUCAAAUGAGUCGCACAAGGCAUACGAAGGAGACCCACACAAUCUCUAG